GGACCAAAUAAUUCAAUAGGAGUAGCUGCAGAACCAUACCACAUAGUUCCAGAUACUAUAAAAGCUGCAAAAAACACUGCUGCUAUGCUACUUGACAAGACAGUUUCUACAUUUCCCAUACGUAAAGCUUUAUAUAACCUUUGAGGAGGUCGAACACUUAAAUGGAACAAACCAGCCAAUAUUCCUAAAAUUCCUGCUGCAAUAUGAUGAGAUGCAAUGCCACCAGGAUUAAAAGGAUCGAAGCCUUCAGCUCCCCAAGCAGGGGAUACUGAUUGAACUUUUCCAGUAAUUCCAUAUGGGUCUGAAAUCCAUAUACCAGGACCAAAUAAUCCAUCUUGCAGAGUCAUCGAUCACACGCGGAUGAGAGAGAAAAGCGCGGGUCGGCGGGCCCCUUUCCUUCGAGCGCACGGUAGGGAAUUCCGCCCUCCCUGAACAUCAAGCGCGGGGGCGCGGGGCUGCGGGGGCACGAGGGGGAAGACUGGUCUGUGGUUGGCGGGGAAUUCUUGUCCGUCUGGCCUCUCUUUCAGCCCGGGGGUCAUUUUCAGGCUAUUUCAGCCAUGGCUGCUCCCCGUGGUGCCAUCCCUGGUCCAGCAUUUUGGACCGGUUCGCUUGCCGCCGGUGCCAUCUCUCGUGCCCGCCUUGGCGCCAUUUUUUUGGACGGCUCCGCCGCUGCCCGAGUGGUAGUCCCCGCCAAUUACCCCCUCCGCCUCUCGUCGCAAUCUGCGCGAACAUUCAUCAUCGCUCAUCCUGCUGCCGAUCCUGCUGCCGAGGUGAACAGUGCUCCGGUGAUUCUGAGUCGUCCUCGCGUCGGCGGCAAGGUUGGCCUACCGGCAGUAGUGCCAGAGACGCUACGGUUGCUUGGAGGCAGCUUUGGUGGCUAUGGCGUCGGAGGUGUGAGGCGAUCACACUCUCGCUCCUCCUCUCGAUUGAUCGGCGCGAGUUCGAUUCUUCUUCGCGGGAGUUCCGCGAUGGUAGCGCCGGCUAUCGGAGCGACGACUGCGCUGUCUUCAAGCCUAUGGACAUGGCGGCGAGAGAUCCCGAUCCCGGUCAAGAAGGGGGACGGCAGAAAACUCGGUGAUGAUUACGGUGAAGGAACACGGAACUUUCGUAAUGUCUUCGGCUUUCAUACUUUGAAUGGUCGUCUGACUGGUCUCCAAGUGAACCGAACGACAGACUGGAUAAGAGAGAGAGAGGUGUUUGGGAGAGGGAGGGAGGGAGUGGAGUGGAGGAGGAGGGAGUUGGCUGAAGGCACCCGGCGAUCAUGGCGGAUUGCCGGCGGCGGCAGGGAAACCGGCGGAGGAGGUGGUAGCCAGCUCCGAUGCGCACAGAUCUCGAAAGCGUCGAUCCAUCUCGGGCAACAACGAGGAGCUCGUUGGGAUCCCUCCUCUUCUCCCCUUCCUCCCUACGCGGCCGCCCCUACCCGCGUCGCGGCCUUGUCGACGACUUAUUCGUUGACGGGAGCAGUUGAUGGCAAAGACAGGAGGAGGUUGGAUUUUGCCGUCUCGGCUCUGAACACCGCGGUGGAGGAAGGAUCCCAUACACACGAAGUGGUUCCUCCGCCGGAUGAGUUCGUGCGCAAUGCGUUGAUUUCCUCACGGGAACAGUAUGAGAACAUGUAUGAGCGGUCGAUUGCCGACCCAGAUGGAUUCUGGGCAGAAAUUGCAUCACAGUUUUACUGGAAGGAAAAGUGGGAUGACGUUGCAGGAAAAGUGCACGCUGAAAACUUCGAUGUGCGCAAGGGGCCAAUCUCCGUACAGUGGUUCAAGGGAGGGAAGACAAAUAUAUGCUAUAAUGCAUUGGACCGACAUGUUGAGGAAGGGCGAGGAAGCGAUGAUGCAUUCAUAUGGGAGGGAAAUGAUGUCGGCAGAGAAAGAAAGCUCACAUAUAGUGAAGUUCUGGAGCAAGUAUGCCAGCUUGCAAACUAUCUGCGCUCGAUAGGAGUUAAGAAAGGGGAUCGCGUGACAAUCUACAUGCCAAUGCUACCGGAGCUUCCCAUGGCAAUGCUUGCAUGUGCAAGAAUUGGAGUCGUGCACUCGGUUGUUUUUGGAGGGUUCUCUGCGGAAUCGCUGGCGGGACGAAUAAUGGAUGCCGAGUCGAAGGUGGUGCUCACUGCCAGUGCCGUGAAACGGGCGCACAAAAAGAUCGACCUGAAGUCAAUAGCUGACAAAGCAGUUGCCCUUUGCCAAGAGAGUGGUUUCAAUGUUGAGACUCUUCUAGUCUACGAUAAUGGCAAUGCUCUCGCUCGUGAUCAGACUCCCUGGACAGCUGCUAGAGAUGUAUGGUGGCAGGAUGCAGUUUCUCAGCAGGAGAAGACUUGCGAUGUGGAGUGGGUUGAUGCGGAGGAUCCUCUGUUUAUGCUUUACACAAGUGGAUCCACAGGAAAACCCAAAGGAGUCCUCCAUACAACUGGAGGAUAUAUGGUGUAUGCUGCGACGACAUUCAAGUAUGUUUUUGACUAUCGCCGUGGUGAUGUGUUUUGGUGCACUGCUGACUGUGGGUGGAUCACUGGACACAGCUAUGUGGCCUAUGGACCGCUUCUGAAUGGAGCAACCUGCCUGGUGUUUGAAGGGGUUCCCACUUAUCCCGAUGCAGGAAGAUGCUGGGAGAUUGUAGACAAACAUAAAGUCUCAAUAUUCUACACGGCCCCAACAGCGAUUCGCUCCCUUGAGCGGGCGGGGAAUCAGUGGGGCUACAUACUGCCCCAGGAUCCGGAGUACUCGAAUGCAGGUGCUCCAGAAGAUACUUGCGGUCUAACUGAACAGCGCAGAUGGUAUCAUGACGUAGUGGGAGACGGAAGAUGCCCAAUCGUCGACACGUGGUGGCAAACAGAGACAGGAGCAAUACUGAUCGCCCCACUGCCAGGUGCCUGGCCUCAGAAGCCCGGCAGUGCAACUCUUCCAUUCUUUGGGGUAGAGCCUGUGAUCGUUGAUGAGAAUGGCAAUGAAUUGGACGGAGAGUGUUCCGGCGUCCUCUGUUUGAAGGCAGCUUGGCCUGGAAUGAUGCGGACUCUUUACAACGAACAGGAGAGAUUUGAGAUGGCCUACUUUACUCCAUACAAGGGAUACUACUUUACUGGAGAUGGAUGCAGAAGAGACAAAGAUGGAUAUUACUGGUUGACUGGAAGGGUUGAUGACGUCAUCAAUGUCAGUGGGCACCGGAUCGGUACAGCAGAGGUGGAGUCAGCGCUGGAAUCACAUCCCUUGUGUGCAGAAGCAGCAGUUGUUGGAUACGAUCACGAGGUGAAGGGACAGGGCAUCUAUGCCUUUGUGAGUCUGAUGGAAGGCACUGAGUACAACAAUGAUUUGCGAACUUCUCUUGUUGGCACUGUUCGAGAACAGAUUGGCCCAUUCGCGGCCCCGGACAAAAUCCACUUGGCACUCGGCCUCCCAAAGACACGGAGUGGAAAGAUUAUGCGGCGGAUUCUUCGAAAAAUAGCGUCCAAUGAAACAACAGAUCAGAUGGGUGACAUAAGUACACUGGCUGACCCUUCAGUGGUUGAAGAGCUGAUACGAACAAGGGCAGACUAGCAUUGCGGAUGCAUCAAGCUCAACUGUACAGAUGUCACACACUGAAGGAAAAAUCACAAGUGUGACAUUCGCCGAUCAUUCUGAGGCCAAGGGGGUGACAUAGAUGAUGGGUAAGAUGGGUAAGAUACUAAGAUGGGUAUUUCUACUACUAUUUCACCUUCCCGAUGUCCCCAGCUCCGUUACUUUGUACAGAUAAUGUUGAUGGGUAUGACAUACUAUGAUGGGUACGAUGGGUAUGAUGGGUACGAUGGGUAUGAUGGGUAUGAUGGGAAUGUUCACCGCACCUCAUGUUGAUGGGUACUUGACUGUCCAGCUGUCACGGAUCCUUCGGAGGUGAAGGGAGUGACAUAAAUGAUGGGUAUGAUGGGUAAGAUGGGUAUUUCACCUUCCCAAUGUCCCCAGCUCUUUUUCUUUGUACAGAUAUGGUACAUUCAACUGUCCAGAUUCAGCCGGCUCGGCGGAUGCGAUGAUGUGGCAAACUGAAUGCCCCAAUAGCCGGUACCCUCCCUAACUACGGAACGCUGCAAUACCCGCUGCUACCUGCGCCCCCUUGCCUCUCGUGAUUGCCCCUAGAGGGAGUCUAAACCUCCCAAACGGCCUUGCCUUGGCAGUUUGGGGGAUACCCAGUGCCCACAGUGAAACUGCCAUCUGAUUCAGGCUUGCGCCACCGUUGAAUGGGGGUUUCUUAAGCCCCCAAAUUGUUUUGCCGUGGCAGUUUGGCGGAUCCUCUGUGCCCUGGCUGAAUUUGCCGUUAGGCCUGCGCUGCUGCACGAUGGGAGUUUCAGCCAUUCUUCUCCGACCCAGCGUGCGUGCGUGCGGCCUGCGUCCAGUACGUCUCCCAGCCAGUAUGUUUCAGCCAUUUCUCCGAGUACCCGCAAGUUCCUGUCCAGGCAGUCCAGUACAUUUCCCAGCCAUUUUUCUCCGACCCAGCGUGCAUGUGGCUGCAAGUUUUGGGGGCCGUCAUUCCAAAGCAAAAUGGCUGGCGUUGCGAGCCUUAAGGAGGCCCACACCGGUUUGUUUUUUUUUGGGCGCGCAGGGUGUUUAGAGCCCCGCGCAAAAGUGGCUGGGCAGUACUGGUGGUUUUGACGCCCAGCUGCCUUGCCUUGGCCUUGGUUGAAUGGCACUGUUAAGCCAGACCACAGCCCCAGCUCUCCCAGCACCCAAAUCGUUCCCUGCUUUAUUCCGGACCCUCAAUCGCCUGACUGCCAUCUAGGCCCAGUUUGGCCGCGGGCCCAGUAGGGCACAAUUUGAUAGGGUGGCCUUGGGCCCAAUAAGGAUCAAAUUAAUAGGGUGAUAGGGCAUCUACGCCAAGGCCAAUUUAAUCGGGUGAUGCGCAGCUAGGCCCCUAUUGGGCCCACUUUGAUAGGGGGUUGUGCCUAUUGGGCCCAAUUCGAUAGGGUGACGGGGCAGCUGGGCCCUACCUUUGACGAUUGCUACUUCAAUUUGAUCAGGCGCUCGGGCACCUAGGCCCUUGAUAGGGUUAUUGGGCAGCUAGGCCCAUUGGUGCUUGCUACGUCACAAGUAUACACUUGAAUCCCCUGUCUCUCACCUAAAUGCGCGCCCCCGCUACGCCCUAUUGUGCCCAAUUUGAGAGGGUGCUAGGGCAGCUAGGCCCUAUGCAGCCCAAUUUGAUAGGGUGAUAGGGCAGCUAAUCCCCUUGGUGCUUGCUCCUUCACAAGUUCACACUCAAAUCCAAAUCCCCUGUCGCUCACCUACAUGCUGCCCUCCCCCCCCCCCCCCCCCCCCCCCAUUUUAAAUGCUGUAAUUUUGCUGCAAUGAGAUACCUUAAGCCGCCAAGCCCCCUCUAUGACCGUGAGCGUUCUUUGAAAGGCCUUCAUGUUUUGUAAUACCUAUCAUCAGUGUCAUUAUUUGAUGUUUUUUUGCCAUUAUUUGAUGUAGUAACUAGUAAUAACUAAUUAGUGUUAACUAAUUAGUGUUCGUGUUAAAUAUAGCCUACCACCCCUACACACCGAUGAUAGAGUCAUCCAUGCUAGUACUGAUCGUGAACCCACAAGCUAUGUUUUAUAUCUUGAAGAAACCGAGAAUGCGGAAAUGUGUCAGUCCUCUUCUAUGGCUCCUGUGGAGCUCUGCUGCAGUUACUAAGUGCAUAUACUGAUGGAGUGUGAGCAGUUAUCUGGAUAUCGGACUGCAAUUAGGGUCAGCCGUGUCUGUACCUGGCUACAGUUACGUCCAGAGCAGAGUCCAAAAGGUCCCAGCAGUGCGAGUAUGCUCUAAGAGGAGAUUUUGAUUGCUUCAGUGGGUAUCCCUUCAAAUUUGAAAGGAGGGAAGAAAAUCUGCCACAAGAUUGGCUUGCGAAAUAUUGUGAAACAAAUGCAGUCUCUUAUCGACUUUGCAAAAGUGAAACAAAGUAUGAUUAUCUCACAGAAUCAUCAUCAUCAUCAUCAUCAUCAUCAUCAUCAUAUGAGGAACGCUGAGUCCAGUUCUCAGCAAAUUCUAUUCGGUCACUCCAGGUAGACUGUGAGGACCCCGGCCUCAAUCUUCUUAUUCGUAAUAUCAGCCUUUGUUGUUGUUGUUGUUAUUGUUUCCUGUAGAGCUCUGCAGCAAGAGGUAGAUUUUAUUUUAUUUUAUCUUUUAAUGGGGGCUUUAUUGUUUGAGGCUUUGAGUGGAAUUCCCUUUGAUUUUGUAUCCGAUUGAAUGAAGGCAAGGCAAGAUU